CAUCCUUUUUUAUAUAAAUAUCUGUCGGAAGAGAUUGAUUUUUGUCUUUCCUCCAAGAGCCAUGAUGUUGAAAGGUUUGACACUUGGCCUCCUUCUGGGUUUCGCUGUUGUUUCAGCGCGGCCGUCAAAGGAUACUGAGCAUGAUGUAGUUGCCAAUCAUAGAAAUACAAGAAGUGUGAAUCCUGAUGGCCUGAAGAUUUCAAAAUGUGUUUGUGAUGAGAGUUUGGAAAAAUUCAAGCAGCUGGUAGACCUUUUGGAUGAAAUCAAAUGUUCUCCUGGAUCUUUGCCAGGAAAUCCAAACCACCCACACCACCCACACCCAACAGGACCUGGAUAUCCAGGACAAUACCAUCCAGGCUACCCAGGAAACUCCAAUCAUCCUCCUGCACCAGGAAUCCCUCAUUCAGGAAAUCAAUGUCCAUACCAACCUCCAUCAGGAGGUCAAGGCCAGACUCCAGGUCCAUACCAGCCAAUCCAUCAACAACCUUAUCAACCAGUAGGAGACUACACAAACCCAAAACAGCCAGGAAGUAAUAUUCCAGGUCAGGGUCCACCUCAGCAGUCAAUCCCUCAGCAACCUUAUCAACCAGUAGGUGACUACACAAGCCCCCAACAGCCAGGAAAUUCCAUUCCAGGUCAGGGUCCACCCCAGCAGUCAAUCCCUCAGCAACCUGAUCAAACUUAUCAACCAGUAGGAGACUACACAAACCCACAACAGCCAGGAAGUAACAUUCCAGGUCAGGGUCCACCCCAGCAGUCAAUCCCUCAGCAACCUUAUCAACCAGGAAGUGGCCCUUCAGGUCAAGCUCCACACCAAACAAUCCCUCAGCAACCUAAUCAAUCAUACAAUCCAGUAAGUAACAUUCCAGGUGCAGUUCCUCCAACCAAUCAACCCCAGGUUUCAGGUCCAACACCUCCAGGAUCAGAAGUCACACAAGAUGAUGACAAGCCAGUAAACUCCCCAACAAACACAAACAUCAAUGAUCAAAGCAUACAUGGUUACAAUUAUAAUCAAGCUUCUAAUGUUAACCAGAUCACCAUUGUGGAGAUGGGAGAUACUAAAAAUGGAAACGAGUCAAAUCAACUACAACCUGGAGCAGGACAGUCAGCUCCACCAUCCUACAUUGAGGGAGAUGACAGUGAUGAUGACUCUAUUACAGAUAACAAUCCAGACACAAUUAUUGGAUUUCCAGAUGAAGACAGCCCAUCUGCUCCACCAAAUGAGAUAGAAUCGGAUACUAGUGCAACACAAAUUGUUUAUGGAGGAAUUGCUAACCAAAAUGUGGAUUCCACACAAGUUAAUAAUAAUGAACAAGGCCCAGUUGUUACAAUUAUGGACGUUGAUGCCAUAUUUGAUUCUCCUCCUACCAACUCUACACCACAAUAUUUAACAUCAACUCCAAGUUCCCCCUCAACACCAACCAACCAGGGAUCUCCUCAAACACCAACUCAGGGAUCUCCUCAACAACCAACUCAGGGAUCUCCUCAACAACCAACUCAGGGAUAUCCUCAACAACCAACUCAAGGAUCUCCUCAACAACCAACUCAGGGAUCUCCUCAACAACCAACUCAGGGAUAUCCUCAACAACCGACUCAGGGAUCUCCUCAACAACCAACUCAGGGAUCUCCUCAACAACCAACUCAGGGAUCUCCUCAACAACCAACUCAGGGAUAUCCUCAACAACCAACUCAAGGAUCUCCUCAACAACCAACUCAGGGAUCUCCUCAACAACCAACUCAGGGAUAUCCUCAACAACCGACUCAGGGAUCUCCUCAACAACCAACUCAGGGAUCUCCUCAACAACCAACUCAGGGAUCUCCUCAACAACCAAGUCAGGGAUAUCCUCAACAACCAACUCAGGGAUAUCCUCAACAACCGACUCAGGGAUAUCCUCAACAACCGACUCAGGGAUCUCCUCAACAACCAACUCAGGGAUAUCCUCAACAACCAACUCAGGGAUCCCCUCAAUCACCAACCCAGCCAGGCAACUCCCAGACAAGUUAUAUUUCUUCUUAUUAUUUACUACCUCAGCAGCCAUCCACCAACAACAUUAUCACUCAGACAGAUAAUAAAUCACAAGCUACUAAUAUACAAUUCAAUCCCACAAUAUUAACUACCAGCUCACAACAAGUUCCAGUGCAGACCAUCAGGGAACAGGGAGAUGUCUAUUCACCGACCACAACUUACCCACAAGAUCUCACAGGAUAUGAUGUACUUUACAAAGACUCUCCUACAUUUCCUAUUCCAGGUAUUCAUGAUGAACCUUCAGGCACUCCAACCCCAUAUAAGCCUCAUCCUGGUGGCCAGGAGACUGACAUUAUUAUUGAAGGCAUUAGAAAACAAUAUUACCCAUGCAUUGAGGAAAUUGAAUUUUCUGGAUGUGGUGAUGUCAUGAAUUACUUCGACAUGAAGCAAAUUUCUGGAACCCCCAACACUCAUGGAGGAUUCAAUUCUUACCAAAGCUGUACAAAGAAUAUCUAUAGUCAAGAUGUCCAGGACUUGCAAAAUGAGCUCCAUGCUCAACAUAUUACUUUGGACAAUAUAGUAGCUACAUUGAAGAAAUGCAAUUGUUUUUGUCUUCAAUAGCCACUCUUUAGUGGGUAACUUCAUAAAUCUAAUAAAUGCACUUAUUGCAAAGUAAUAGCAUCUGACAAUACCUACUUGCCAGGCUAAGAAUUUGUAUAGUGCAUUACUAUCAAAAGGAUAAUUAUGUUCAUUGCAUAUUUUUUACAAUUAUUACAUAAAUAAAAUUUUCAACAGUUCA